AUGGCUAAUAUUUCGGAUUCCUUCCCGGAGGAGUUCUUUUAUCCUGCUCAUUCUCAGGACUCCAGCAGUGAGAUCAGCACAGCUAACCUCCACUUGCUGAGCAGGCAGAAUCGUCUUAUGAAUGGGAAUAAUCAAAACUUCCACCCAUCAUCGCCUAUGGGAAGAGUUAUUCUUAUUAACACACCACUAGAAGCUAACAGUGACGAGAGUGAUGCUAUCAAUGCCAUUACAGUGGAGAAGAGCAAAGACGGGAAGCUGGGUUUCAGUGUGCGUGGGGGCUCUGAACAUGGCCUGGGUAUUUUUGUCAGCAAGGUGGAGGAGGGCAGCAGUGCAGAACAGGCUGGACUUCGUGUUGGAGACAAAAUCACAGAGGUGAACAGUGUGAGCUUGGAGAACAUUACAAUGGGAAGUGCCAUCAAGGUUCUGACAGGGAAUAACAGGCUGCGAAUGGUUGUGAGACGUAUGGGCAAAGUGCCAGGAAUAAAGUUUUCCAAAGAAAAGACUACAUGGGUUGAUGUGGUAAACAGGCGCUUGGUUGUGGAGAGGAGUGGCUCAAGUCCCUCUAAUACCAGCUCUGAAAUAGGAAGGAGACACAUCGUCCAUCUCUACACCACAUCUGAUGAUUAUUGCUUGGGUUUCAAUAUCCGUGGAGGGAAGGAGUAUGGCCUUGGCAUCUAUGUCUCCAAAGUGGAUCCUGGCGGGCUGGCUGAGCAACAUGGGAUCAAAGUUGGUGACCAAGUCCUUGCAGCCAAUGGAGUCAAGUUUGAUAACAUCAGCCAUAGCAGGGCAGUGGAAGUGCUAAAGGGGCAGACCCACAUCAUGUUGACCAUUAAGGAAACAGGGAGAUUCCCAGCAUACAAGGAAAUGGUGGCUGAGUACUGCUGGCUCAACAGAUUGACCAAUGGCCAAUUGCAGCAGCUGUCCCAAACCUCUGAAUCCAGCUCAUCCAUGUCAUCCUAUUCCUCAGGGACCCCCUUAAGCUCCAUGAAUGGACUAUUUAUGGCCCCAAUUCCCAGCUUAGCUGAAAGUUGCAUGAUUGAUGUUGGCAUCUCCACAGAGUUGCCAGUUCAGGGCCCUUUGUCACAGAGGGCAGAGACCGCUAUGCAGACAGAACCAUUGCCUGAUGGGGCCUUCUUUUCAGGGAGCCUGAUCUCGGAGACCCAGAGGAUUGUGCAGCCCAUGAAAAUCCUAAAAGACACGGCCAUUCGCACGGAAAGUCUCAAAGAGCCUUUCCACCUAAGGAAGCACCAGCCAUUUGUUAGCAAGGAAAUCACAGAGCCAUCCCCAAAAAUGGCUCUCCUUCUAGCACUCAGCCAUCCCCGUCAGCCCAUUAAGCGAUCACAGAGCUAUCUGACCAUCUGUGAGGAAAAGCAUCAAAGAAAGAAAGGGAAGCUGGUAUCAUCAGAGAAGAAAGUCACUCUCCAGCGGUCCAAAACCCUGAUGAACCUAUUCUUUAAGAGCACCCGACUAGGGAGGCCAAGCUCAACAACUGGAUCCCUGGAAUCACAGAGGAAGUCCAAAUUACCUGCCCAGUCUGAAGGAGAGAAAGAAAAAGGCCAGUCCUUCGCGUCUCUGAGCUCCAAGGCAUUUGACAAACACAGUGGCAGUGAGCCCAGCAAAACUAUCGACAGCCACCUGCUGCUCAUUGAGGACAUGGCCAGGAAGCUGCUGAUGGAAGAUGAAGUGGCAGCUGUAUUGCGACACUGCACCCGAUACAUCCAAGAAGGUGGAGUAGAAGACCUGGUGAGGCCACUGCUGGCAAUUCUUGAUCGCCCUGAGAAGUUGCUGCUUCUCCGAGAUAUCAGAAAUGUGAUUGCCUCUACAGAUCUUGGCCGCUUUGACAGUAUGGUUGUGCCCCUGGAAACGGAAGCCUAUGAUGCACUCAAGAGCAGAACAGUGAGAUCGCCUGCCCUCCGUCCAGCACAGCAUGAAACACCCCCAAAGAGGCAUCUUAUCACUCCAGUGCCUGAUUUCAGGGGUAGUUUUCUUCUGAAACCAGUGAUGACCAAUAAGGCAAAUGGGGAGGAGGAACACGAGAUACUGAAGGAUGCCAUGGAAAGGCUGCAGCUCUCUCCCAGACGUGGACAGACUCAACCUCAAAACUAUACUCCUCUUGCUGAUGUGCCAGUGGAUUCCUAUAUUCCCAACAGGGUUUCUUCCUCAGUGAGCAGUGGCAAAGAACCCCAUUGGAGUCUAACUAAACCUACAAAAUCCUCAACGAGCUCCCUACACACUGUAUCCUCUCAGGUACAAUCCCUGCAGCAUGGAGAUGGACAACCUGGCAGAGAGAGGCCUCCUUCUUCAAAAUCGAGCCAUAGACAGGCUGUAGCAUGGGGACCACACGGGGAAAUCAUGCCUGCCAGUGAUACCCUCUAUUCUGUUAUUAAUCGACCGCGGAGAGCUAGGCCCCUGCUCUCACAGCUCUUCAAGGAAACCUCAGCUACUGGCCAGGUAAUGCAAGCAGAAAUGGGAGAUGAGAUCCCAGCGAACCUGCUCCAAAAUGGCCCCAAUGACAAGGAAGCGGAGGAAUAUGAACUGGUGACUGUCAGCCUAUCCAAGAACAAGCAAUCUCUGGGCAUCAGCAUUUCAGGAGGAAUAGAAUCCAGAUUGCAGCCAAUGGUGAAGAUUGAGAAGAUAUUUCCUGGGGGAGCAGCAUCCCUGAGUGGAGAACUGGAGGCUGGCUAUGAGCUGGUUGCAAUCGAAGGGGAAAGUCUACAGAAUGUAACACACCAGCGAGCUGUGGACAUAAUCCGCCAAGCCUACCGCAACAAAGCUAAGGAGCCCAUGGAGAUUGUGGUGAAGGUGCCGAAGAAACUCAAAUAAACGUUGCAAAUCAAGCAGUCAAUGCUGAAGAAUGUAGUCAGCUCAACAAUCCGAGCGCUGCGAUGCGAUUGUUAAUGAAGAAUCUGUUUAACUAUACCUGCUUAUUGUUCAGAAAGAUAUGGUUCCCGGGAAACCAAUUGCUAGCAGAGUUACUAAAGUAUCUGCCCCUCAGCAAGCUUUCAGGCUUAAUGGAGCAAGCAAUAAUUUCCCAGUUCUGGAGAGGCCUGCUUGGAACAGGAACAGGCAAGAUCAAAGAUCAUAUUGCCCAAGUCAAGCAACAUGUAUUGUUUCCAAAACUAGUUAGUUGCAAGUGGACAGCUGUCAUUAUGAGCAAUUGUUUUGAAAUGAGUUGGCACCUCAGUGAAGGAAAUACUAUUUUUGAUAUUCCGACCCACCCCAGUUGACACUCCCAGAUGAUGGAGCCAGUUCUGGCUAAUUGGAGCCAAAAGGAAAGGGCUACAAAGAAAGGACAAUAUUAAUCACUGGAGGGAUAUUUGUUAAUUCAGGUUCAGUAAUGGACCAUAGCAUUAAAUUUAAUAAAUUUACCUACACUCAUGCAUUUGUAAGUGAACCAUAAAGUUUGAAAGACAAUAAUCCAGAAUCUCAGAUUGUAAAUUCAAGACUCUGGAUAUAAUAUUCUCACUUGAAUCUCCUUAAAUCCAUUGUUGAGAGAAUAACAAACUGGCAGUGAUCCCGAAAAGAAAACCCAGGAAAACAAAGUUUUGCAUCCAGCCUCAAAGCCACUCUCAGUGAUUGCAAUGAUAAAAGUCAGCAAGGAAUAUAGAAUGAAAAAAAUCAAAUUACCGCUUUUGUGGUCUUCUCUAAAAGCCAGAUCAAACAGUCAGAUCUUCAAAGAUUGUGUUGGUUAUCACCUAAUUAAGAAGAUUAACUAAAGUAUAUUGUUAUCGUUUUCUUACUUCUGAGCUAAAGUAACUAUUGGGAUCAACACUGGCUGAUUUCCAGGUGAAUCUUUCUCAUAUGGAACAAUUGUCAGCUAUUUACAAAAUGCCACCACCAGCCAGAGUGGAAGUUAAAAAUGCAAUACUGGUGAAGUUCAUUUAGACCCAGUUUUUGUUUUUAGACCCAAGGACAAGAGCACGGAUGAGAAAUUACUAAGCGUACUCUGAGUUAUAAAUGUUCAUCUCUGCCUUUGUCCAUCAUUAGGACAAUUCCACCCUCUG